AUGGGAAACGCUGAGGAAUGUCCAGUUUGCUUGGACUUGAUCAAAAAUAAGAAGACCCUUCGAUGUCACCAUUCCUUCUGCUCAAAGUGCAUCGACUCCGUGUUCCGUCUGAAGCCCGCCUGCCCCAUAUGCAACACUUUCCACGGUGUGUACAGGGGAACUCAGCCGGAGGGGAGUAUGGCCGUCACCCGGAGCCACCAGUCUCUUCCCGGCUAUGAACACUGCGGAUCGAUCGUUAUAGACUACGUGUUCGCUUCGGGAGUGCAAGGGGAAGAGCACCCUAAUCCUGGAAAGCAAUACAGAGGCACAGCUCGAACAGCCUACCUGCCAGACUGCCCAGAGGGAGAAAAAGUACUAAAACUACUCAAGAAAGCUUUUAAUCAAAGACUUAUCUUCACCAUUGGUCAAUCUGCUACCACUGGACUGAACAAUGUCAUCACCUGGAACGACAUCCACCAUAAGACCAGCAUGAAAGGAGGGCCGCAGUGCUUUGGGUAUCCUGAUCCUGGCUACCUCACAAGAGUUCAAGAAGAGCUUCGGCUUAAAGGGAUUACAGAAGACCUCUGA